GUACAGAUAAGGAGAUUUGCAAGAAAUUUGUCGAUCAUGUUGAAAAUUUCACACUUAGAUCAUUUACAAGUGUCCAUGAGUGCAUUGAACUCAAUCUUCCAAAGAUGGGGCAUCCAGGCACCGGCGAAUUCCUGGAAUAUCAGCGGCGAACCAUGCACCGGAACUGCUCUGAGCCAAGGCAAUUCCGUUUUUGAUGAUCCUCCCAACAAUCCAGCCAUCACAUGCAAUUGCUCCUUCGACAAUGCAGCUACAUGCCACAUCACCAAACUGAGAGUGCAAAAACUGAACAUACCAGGGGUGAUGCCAGAGGAGCUUUUGGCUUUCAAAUUCUUAACCUAUCUGAAGAUCGAUCAAAAUUACUUCACUGGUACCUUUCCAGCAUGGAUUGGGAAUUUAUCUACAUUGCAGAUAUUGUCUUUUGGGCACAAUGCAUUCUCUGGGUCCAUUCCUAAGGAGCUUGGAAAUCUUAAGGAGUUAACUAUGCUAUCCUUUGGUACAAAUAAUUUCUCUGGAACGCUCCCACCAGAACUUGGUAAUUUAGUCAAACUUGAACAAAUUUAUAUUGACAGCUGUGGAGUUGGUGGUGAAAUUCCCUCAACAUUUGCUAACCUUCUAAACAUGCAAAUCAUGUGGGUAUCAGACAGUCCUUUCACAGGCAAAAUACCUGAUUUCAUUGGCAACUGGACAAACCUUGCACAAUUGAGAUUUGAAGGGAACUCCUUUGAAGGUCCUAUACCAUCCAGCUUUUCUAAAUUAACCUCUCUAAAGUCUCUGCGAAUCAAUGGUUUAUCCAAUGUGAGCUCUUCUCUUGAUUUCAUUAGAAAUUUAAAGAAUUUAACUGACUUAGUUUUAAGAAAUGCAUUAAUUACUGGUAGUAUUCCAUUUGAUAUUGGAGAACUCCCAUAUUUACAAAAACUGGAUUUGAGUUUCAAUAACUUAACAGGCCAAAUUCCAAGUGCUUUGUUCAACAUAAAUUCUCUUACAUACUUGUUUCUUGGAAACAAUAGUCUUUCUGGUACCAUCCCUAACCAAAAGAGUGCAGACCUAAUGAAUAUAGAUUUAUCUUACAAUUUUCUGUCUGGAAGCUUUCCCUCAUGGGUGAAUACAAUUUUACAACUGAAUCUAGCAGCCAACAACUUCACAUUUGACAGUUCAAACAAAAGUGUUAUACCAGGAUUGCACUGCCUUCAAAGAAGCUUCCCAUGCAGCAGGAACUCUCCACGCUAUGCAAACUUCUCAAUCAAGUGUGGCGGUCCAGAGAUGACUGCUGAUGGGAUAAAAUAUGAGGCUGAAGACUCUUCUCUUGGCGCAGCAUCAUUUAAUGUAGCCAUUACUGAGAAAUGGGCAGUCAGCAAUGUGGGUUUGUUUUCUGACAGAAGUAAUCAAAUCUAUGUGCAGAAUGCCUUGCAAGAAGUGAUAUACACCAACUCACCAGAUCUUUUUAAGACCUCGAGGAUAUCACCUGGAUCACUCAGAUACCAUGGCUUAGGCCUAGAGAAUGGACCUUAUACAGUUAACUUGCUUUUUGCAGAAACAGCUUUCAAAGAUCGAAGCACACAAACUUGGGAGAGUCUGGGAAGGCGAGUUUUUGAUAUUUAUAUUCAGGGAACCAUCAUAUUGAAGGAUUUUGACAUAUCAAAAGAGGCAGGUGGGGUUGACAGAGCAAUCACUAAGAAUUUCAAUGCUACUGUGACAGAGAACCAUCUUGAAAUUCACCUAUUCUGGGCUGGUAAGGGAACAAGGGGCAUACCAGAAGCAGGUUACUAUGGACCGUCCAUUUCAGCAAUCAACGUGGUACCUAAUUUCACGCCAAAUAUAAGUUGGAUUGUCCCACGUACAGCAAAAGAGAAUAGGACUGGGUUGAUUGUUGGUGUUGCAGUUCCUGUGGGAGUUGUCACCUUCACCUUGGUAUUGAUAUUUAUAGUCUUCUACUUGAGAAGGAGAAAAGAUGAUGAUGAAGAAGAGCUUCUUGGAACAGCAACCGGACCAAACACCUUCAGUUAUGUCGAGUUGAGAGCUGCAACAGAUGACUUCAGUCCCUCAAAUAAGUUAGGAGAAGGGGGAUUUGGUCCAGUAUACAAGGGUAAACUUUCUGAUGGGCGGGCAGUAGCUGUGAAGCAGCUUUCAGUAGCUUCUCACCAAGGGCAGAGUCAAUUUGUUACUGAGAUUGCUACCAUAUCUGCAGUGCAACAUCGCAACCUUGUUAAACUGUACGGAUGCUGCAUUGAAGGAAACAGCCGCCUCCUUGUUUAUGAGUAUCUUGAGAACAAAAGCCUUGACCAAGCACUGUUUGGAAAUAAAGACUUGCAUCUUGAUUGGCCAACCCGCUUCAAUAUCUGCCUUGCAACUGCUAGAGGACUAGCUUAUCUUCAUGAGGAAUCAAGGCUGAGGAUCAUACACAGAGAUGUGAAGGCAAGUAACAUUUUGCUUGAUUCUAAGCUCUGUCCGAAAAUAUCUGACUUUGGACUGGCAAAGCUAUAUGAUGACAGGAAAACUCACAUCAGCACUCGGGUGGCAGGAACCAUUGGCUAUUUGGCACCAGAGUAUGCAAUGCGUGGCCACCUCACUGAGAAGGCAGAUGUGUUUGGCUUUGGUGUUGUUGCUUUGGAAAUUCUCAGUGGAAGACCUAACUUUGACAACAGCCAGGACAAUGGCAAGAUCUAUCUUCUUGAAUGGGUGUGGACUCUGCACGAAAGAAACCAGAGUCUAGGUCUGUUGGAUCCAACCCUAGUGGAGUUUGAUGAAAAUGAAGCUUUAAGAAUGAUAAGAGUGGGACUCCUGUGCACACAAGCAUCGCCAAUGAUGCGACCACCCAUGUCAAGGGUUAUAGCUAUGCUUGCUGGGGAUCUCGAAGUGAGUCCUGUUGCAUCAAAACCGAGUUAUUUAACUGACUGGGAUUUUAAGGACAUAACAACCAGCAUUGAGGCUGAAAACACACUAUCUAUUAAAUCUGAGCACGGUGAUAACAAGGACAAGAACUAUCUUAAUCCAGGGAUAGAGCUGGUGCCUUCUCCAUUAAAUAUCACUGAAUUCGGUGACAUUAUUGGGGAAGGAAGGUGAGAUGUUUUUCCUUAAAAGCUCCAUUUUGGUACUUGUCCUGCUUUGACCUUUGCCACAUAUUUUCUAGCUCAAUAAAGUAGAUACUGAAAUUGUGUGAAUUUCUGUCAUUCGAACUCUUUAUAUGUUUGAUCAUUUCUCUCUCUGUAAAUUGAACGAGAUAUUGAAAUUUUGGCAUGCAAUAAGGCUGCAGUAUUUGUAACUCAUGGAUGUCAUUACUAUCAUGUAGUAAGAAUACUUCAAAGCUAGAGGAUUGUUUGUAAUUUCCAUGUAACAUAAUUAUGUCUUUUCUUCUUUUUUUUUGGGGGGGUUUCUUUUUCCUCUUUGUUUUUACAUACUACCUCUAGCACAUGCCACACCACCUACUCCAGCCAAGGUAUCAGCUCCUAUGUUUGCAACCGACUCUAAGUCAAUCUCAACAGUCACAACGGCACUACAUGACUCCAAUUUGCGGAGCCACAGCAGCACUUCAAAUCUUUCAGCAAUGCCUUCUUCCCGAAGAAAGAAUUCAACAAUGUAAGAAUAACUGCAACUGCUGCAGCAAACUCAGAAAUUCAUUUAGUGUUCUUUGGGACAUGAGUGAGUCUCGUGUUGAGUUCCUAGUAGAAAUAUAUUUUUGCAUUUGCUGCAUUGAUAAGGUGCACAUAGCUUUGAGUUUUUGCAUUGAGAAAUAUGCCUGGGUGUAGAGUGUUA